AUGAGUGUCAGACGCUCUCCACCCGCUACGUUUGGCUCAAUGCCAGACUUGCCGAAUGCUGGGAGUGGAAAAACUGAACAACAGAUAACACUACGCAAACGAAAACAGCCCGAUAGAAGCUGCUGCUGUAAUCAAGAAUUACAAGACUUUCGACGGGACAUCACAACCUUACUUGACAACUUUAAUAGUGCUCAAGAAACCACUUUAAAGUUUAUGCGCGAUAAUCUAAUGGAAAUAAAGACCCAGUUGAAUGACAUUAAAGGCUCCGUAAGUACGUUAACAGAGGAGCAGAAUUGUAUAAAGACUCAAAUAUGCAAUCUCGCAGUUAAAAGCGAUCAUACUGAAAAACAGAUGCAAGCACUCGAGUUAGAUGUCAACAAUAUUAAACGAACCUUAAAUAAUAACAAAUCUUGUUCAAUAGACUCUUCGGAAGUAAUAUUGCGUGAAUUACAUGAUCGUACAACAAGGUUGAAGAACUUAAUCAUAGUAGGUAUACCGGAGAAAAAAGACAUGGCUCUAGAUGAAGUUCUAGCGUCUGAUAUGAAAGAAGUGCAGCACACUUUACAUAAGAUAAGUACUGCCUGUCCGAAGCCUAUCAAAAUAUUUAGAAUAGGAAAGUAUACAUCGCAUCGGGACCGCAAUUUAAAGGUAUGCUUUGAAUCGCCAGAGUCGGUCAAGCUUAUUUUACGGAAUACGGAUAAGUUACCACCAGGCAUCAGAAUCUACUCAGAUAAAACUCCAGGACAGCAACAACACUUAAAAAAUCUAAAAGAGGAGCUAUCAAAAAGAAUAAGGAAUGGUGAAAGUGAUAUAACUAUAAAAUAUAUUAAAGGAGUACCACAGAUAACUCGUAAACAACUAGAUGUGCCAAAAAACUAA